AGGGAACUUGAGAAAGAAUGCACAUCUUAAAGGUGCCAGCUGCUCUCCUCAUCCUCUCUGUGGCACUAAACCACUUGAAAGCUACACCUGUCAGAAGUGGUACCAACCAUCUGGUGGACAAACGGAAGUGCAACACAGCCACAUGUGCCACACAACGCCUGGCAAACUUUUUGGUCCGUUCGAGCAACAACCUUGGUCCUGUCCUCCCACCAACCAACGUGGGAUCAAACACAUACGGCAAGAGGAAUGCAGCAGAGAUUCCGAACAGGGAAUCUUUGGAUUUCUUACUCAUUUAGAGUCAACGCACUUCUUCAUCUCUUGUUACUUUAUGUGUAAAUGCUCUGGUAAUUUCAUUAGUAAUUUAACAGUGCCUUUUUCAUUUCCACUAUGAAUGCAAGAUGAUGUGUCCCAUGCUUUCUGGCUGUGUGUGUAAAUCCUCAUUCUAAGAAUUGUUUUAGGGCUGAUCAAGGUCAGGCUACAGACAGUGUCUCUUCACACGUGUUCUUGAAAUACUUAAAAUUUCUUUUUUUACCUUGUAACUUUAUGAUUCAAGUUCAACAAUAAAAGAGACCAUAGGAGCCUGAAACCUGACAAGUCAUUAACUGCUAAUAGCAAAGUUCUGAUUCUGGACAUUUGGAAAAGCAAGUAUUCUAGGUACCUGUUCAGAUGCCAUUUCAAAAUAAAUUAGCAAAAUUGUUGCAGGAUAUUUGAUCACACUGUGAACCCCAAGAUUGUGUUACUUACUGGAAAAAUCUGUUUUUCGUGGUAGUGUGGCUCAGCCCUAGCACACACACCUUUAAUCUAAGAGCUUUCUAGUUACUGUAAACAGGAUUAAAUAAAGUCAGCCAUUGGUCAAGAGAUGGAGCAAGCAUCCAGUUGACAGGAAGUGAACAUAAGAAAAAAAAACAUAGAGAGUAAGAGGGAGUCAGGAGGAUGCAUAAAAAGAUGCACAGGACAUAGAAGGAAGGGACAUUCGGUUUGAGGGGUUUUGUUGUUGUUGUUGUUUGAGACUGCUUAGGAGAAAGGCCUUGUUUUCUGGGACACCAGUGGAGGAGGAAGGUCAGCCGGGCGUUUGUUCUACCUCUCUGAGCUAGCAGGCUUUCACCCCAGUGUCUGGCCCCCAGGCCUUUAUCGUUAAACUCAAAAAUUUGAGAUCUAAUUAAAAACAACACAAAAUCUUGUUCUGAUUUACUUAAAAUUUUUUUCAAUUCUGUUCUUUACUGUGCUUGCUGGUAAUAAAAAGGUGUUUUGAAAGAUAAAGUUGGUUUG